CGUAUGCGCACAAGCACCUAGCAGAAUGUGCGCGUCCGCGGGAGGGCCCGGUAGAAAAUGGCGAGUCUGUGCAAAAGGCAGCAAUGCACGAUCGAGAGGCGCGGCUUUCGGCAGGAACUUGACUCGUGGCGACACAAACUCAUUCACUGUGUAGGGUUUGAAAGCAUUUUGGAAGGGCUGUUCGGGCCGGGACUAGUCAAAGAUAUUACCCUUUUUCAAGAUUGCGAGCCCGAGGUACUGUUGGAUUGGUCGUUUGAUGUAAAUUGUCUCUUUUGCUGCUUAAGACGAGAGAAAGUCAAGGAACACUUGGUUGGCAUCACUCCCCAGGUCUUAUCAGAGUCAGAGGACUUGAAACAGGACACGUCCAAAAUCAACCGCCUGGAGAAGCAAGCCGAAGAGUUCCUCAAUGCUGUCUUCUACAGAAAGGCAGACCUCCCAAGCUUCUCGGACCCCCACAUCCCUCUAGUGGCUCGUGAGAUAAUGCAGCGAAUGAUCCGUCAGUUCGCUGCCGAAUAUACCUCAAAAAACAGCUAUUCUCAGGACCCCCCCCAUCACCCCCAGCCCAACGGCAUCAAGGACCAAAGCCGCCUCCUGCCGAGAGCGGCCUCUCCAGCCCCGGCCCCCCUCGCUCUGCCGGGGGCGUCCAGCCCCCCGUCCCCCGCCCCGGGACCGGGCCUCAGCCCCGCCUCCGCCUCUGCCUUGGCUCCGGACAGUGGGAACGGAGCCGGUAGUAACUGUAGUGGUACCGGUGCUGCUGCCUCUGCACAGAACCCCGUCCUCAGCAAGCUUCUCAUGGCCGACCAGGACUCUCCACUGGACCUCACCGUCAAGAGGCCCGACCCCACAGAGACCAAAACAGAGGAUGGAGUCCUGGACCUCUCCACCAAGAAGGCCCACGGCACCGUCCUCAAAAACUCUCACAGUUACACCCUGUUGCCCACAGUGAAGGGGCGUGCCCUGAGAGUUGAGCGCUCCUUUCGGGACGUGGAGGACGAUGACAUGCUGCCGAGAAGCUUACAGGACGGGCUGAGGGACAGCUACGCCAGUUCCGCCCCCCUCAAGCCCCCAUUGGCCCAUUCGCUGCUUAUAAAGGAGGAGCUCCUCAGCCAGAAGCACCGCCUCCUCGGCCAGCCUCCGGCUCUCUCAUUGGCUAGUCUGGAGGCGGCGGGGCUUCUCAACCACGGGAACAAAGGGAACCACGUGGAGCCCCACCCCCUCCUGGCACGGGACGGCUCUCCGUGGGGUUCCUCCAGUGGUAAAGCCCACCACCACCAACUGGACAGCCUGCUGAGGCUGAAGCAGGCCAGCGCCAUCCUCUCAGACCUCCAAGACCUGCCUCUGUUCUUGGACAACCACCACCACGGGGCGUUCUCCUCCAAGAGCUCCUCCGGAGGUGGCCUCCGCCACCACCAUGGCUCCACCAAGACCCACCAUGAGGUGGUGGUGAAGAGGGAGCCGGGAGGCCACCACUCCCCGCCCGUGGACCUGAAGAUCCCCCAGGUGAGGGGCAUGGACCUGUCAUGGGACUCCCACGCCUCAGACCUGUACGGGUACGGGGCCAUGGUAUUGGGCGCCGGGUGCCACGGUGGGGUGGAGAAUGCUUUGAGCAGGAAGCUGAGGGUCAUCCUGCCCAAGCAGAACCGGCGUGCCGGUAGCCUGAGAGGCAGCCUGGGAGGUUUUCUGGAUGGGGCGGCAGACUACUGGAGCUCCGACGUGGAUCAGGGGACCUCCGGGCAACCAUACCCGACCUCCGACCCCGAGGGUGACCCAUGCUCUAAGCAGCCCAGGAAGAAGAGGGGGCGCUACCGCCAGUACAACAGCCAGAUCUUAGAAGAGGCCAUCGGCAUGGUGAUGGGUGGGAAGAUGAGCGUAUCCAAGGCCCAGAACAUGUACGGGAUCCCUCACAGCACACUGGAGUACAAGGUGAAGGAGCGACUGGGCACACUGAAGAACCCUCCUAAGAAGAAGCUCAAAUUGACCUUGAGGAUGGGAGGACAGGAUUCCGCCGCCGAGUCAGAGACUACACCAACCGCGACGCCGCGAGAGGUUGCGCCACCGGAGGCCGCCGAUCUGAACCACGAGCAAAAAAUGAAAAUGGAAUUUGAAGAUUAACUGAGAAUCAACGAUGACGAUGAAUCCUCCCUUUCCUUAUAUAUGUAUAAAAACAUCUUAACAUUAAGACUAAAGUAAUUGGAAACAAAUGGAGCUUUGUUUGUGCCAAUUUACUGUUGCAGUAUCUGGGUGAGCACAAGCGCAGGGAUACGAGGAGGUUUCUAGAACAAGCUGGAGAUGAAAACUAAACCAAUCGGCUGGUUCUGCGGUUGUCGUUUUGAAACUGCACAUUUGUUUAGCUUUUAUAUCAAGCGGCGAAACAAAUGUGUCAAAAGCCACGAGUGACGAGCCAGUUAUUAAUUACAGUUUGUAAAGCAUGUUUAUUAUCCCCCCCAAAACACUAACUGACCCUAUUCAGUUUGUAAAGCAUGUUGAUUAUCCCCCCCAAAACACUAACUGACCCUAUUCUGAACUUGAUACACUGACCCUGCAUUGCUUUUAAAUGCAGUCUGGGCUGCGGAAUAUCUCAACUUUGGGAAAGAUUUGAGGGGGUUAAAAAUGAACCCUUUUGAACAAACUAUUAUGAC